AUGUUCUCGCGCAACAGCAGCCCUUAUUCCUCCGCCAGAGGUCGGACUUCGGUUUCUCGUCCAAAAGCAAUCUCGAAAGUCCCUCGUCAAACUGCAACUCUCAAAGUUUUGCCACAGAUCGCGAGCCCAAGAGUGCCAUUAAAAGCGAUCUCAAAGCAAGCUGUGAGUCGAAGAUUGAUUUUGGAGGAGCCAAACGCAUCGCAAGCCACUUCGACAGCCGUACGACAGGAGCACAUCGUAACUCAGGAGGAGCAAAUACCACCCGGAAGCGCAUACGAGCGGCGGGAAUUCGUCUUUGAAGAGAAUUCGAUGCAAAUGGAAGAACUUCCGGAGUUGCCGUCAUCGCUAUUUGAUUGUGUAGCAAAUGGGGAACUACGCAUGGAACUAGCUGCGAAACUGAUGCUGCAUCGCACUAAUAGUGGGACAUUUAAUUACGCUGCGUACGAUGAAUUUGUCAGCUCAAAUGUGGCUGCACGAGCGGUUUCGCGCUACGAUGGAUUGGACGGUUUUGAGGCUUCACAUAUAGUAGGCUGCAAUUUCAUGGCGAUGAGACUCUUAGGCCCAAUUAUGUUUGAGAAACUGUCAGAAGCCCUGGAAAAUCUCUGCCAACCCUCCUUUCGUGAAGUUGGAUAUUAUGAACCUCGUGAUGGGGAAGUGGAAUCCGAGAAGAAAGGACAACACCACCCAGAGCCUCACAUCUCUGUAUCGUUUCCUUUUACAGCAGAUCACCAGCCCCCCUCAGCGAAUUUAAGAAUAUUCGCUGAGGCUGAAUGGAAGAAGCGGCAGAGACGCCAAACUCAAAAACCUCCCCGAUGA